AUAUCAAGGAGUCGAAGAACCCUAACUUUCUCUCUCUGGAGGUCAUCGAACCGCAGCCUAGGGUUUUGCAUUUGGAGCUCUAAUUUGCUAAUUUCCUGAAAAUUUUACGUAUCAUUGCUUGAUUGGUACUCAGGGGUUCUGAAAACCCUUAAAAGCCCUAACAUUGACGAAUGAUUAUUUCAAUUCUAGGGUUUACGCUGGUCUUGCUCAUAUAAAAGUGAUAAGAGAUGUCUAGUUAUGAUGGAAGGUACGAGGGCAAUGGGGAGAAAUACACUGAUUGGGGCUCUCCUAGAGGUGAUCACAGUGGCCCUGGAGACAGGGAUUCAAAGUCACAUGUAGGCGAGCAUGUUACCCGAGACUAUGGACGAGAUUCAGGUACAGGAAAGAGUAGGGAUAGAGAAAGAGAAAGAGAAAAAGGGAGGGAAAGGGACUAUGAUCGCCAUCAUAGGGACCGUGAUCUCCAUCAUAGGGACCGUGACAAGGGUAGAUAUGAGAGAGAAGAAAGAGGACGAGAAAGACCUGAUGAUUACCAUAACAGGCGCAGUCGUGAUCGUGAUUAUGAUAGGCAUGGGGACUAUGAUCGCGAUAGAGAAGGGCUUCAUCACCAUGGAUCUCGAUCUCGGUCGAGGGAUAAAUCUAGUCAUAGAACGAGAUCUUGUUCACGCUCACGCUCCCGAUCUAAGAGCAAAAGGAUAAGUGGGUUUGACAUGGCACCUCCUACAGCAAUGGUUCCUGGUGCUGCAGUUCCAGGUCAGGUUCCAGGAGCUGCUCCAGCUGUGCCUGGAAUGUUGCCAAGCAUGUUUUCAUUACCUGGACAGUUUGGAGCCAUGCCAAUGCCUGUCCAGGCAAUGACCCAGCAAGCUACUCGACAUGCUCGGCGUGUGUAUGUUGGAGGCCUUCCACCCAUUGCUAAUGAACAGUCUGUAGCAACGUUCUUCAGCCAGGUGAUGGCUGCUAUCGGAGGGAAUACAGCUGGGCCAGGCGAUGCUGUUGUUAAUGUAUAUAUAAAUCAUGAAAAGAAGUUUGCCUUUGUGGAGAUGAGAUCAAUUGAAGAAGCUAGUAAUGCAAUGGCUCUGGAUGGUAUCCUUUUUGAGGGUGCCCCUGUGAAGGUGAGGAGACCUAGUGAUUACAACCCUUCUCUUGCCGCUGCUCUUGGCCCUAGCCAACCCAACCCAAACCUGCACUUGGCUGCAGUUGGCCUGACUCCUGGUGCAGUAGGUGGUCUUGAGGGGCCUGAUCGAAUAUUUGUUGGUGGGCUUCCAUAUUACUUAACAGAAGUCCAAAUAAGGGAACUCCUUGAAUCUUUUGGGCCUUUAAGGGGGUUUGAUCUUGUCAAGGACAGAGAAACAGGGAACUCGAAGGGCUAUGCAUUUUGUGUUUAUCAGGACCAGUCAGUAACUGACAUUGCUUGUGCUGCUCUUAAUGGGAUAAAAAUGGGCGAUAAGACUCUCACUGUUAGGAGAGCAGCUCAAGGCAAUGCUCAACCUCGACCAGAGCAGGAUUCUGUGUUGCUCCAUGCUCAGCAACAGAUAGCCUUGCAGAAGCUUGUGUUCCAAGUUGGUGCUCAGCCUACCAAAGUUGUUUGCUUAACCCAAGCUGUAAAUGUGGAUGAGUUGAAGGAUGACGAAGACUAUUUGGACAUAAUGGAUGAUAUGAGAGAAGAAGGCGGAAAGUUUGGAUCAUUGGUUAAUGUUGUCAUCCCACGCCCAGGUCCCAUUGGUGAACAAUUUCCUGGAGUAGGAAAGGUUUUCUUAGAGUAUUCAGACACUGAGGGUGCAAGUAAGGCAAGGGCUACUCUCAACGGGAGAAAGUUUGGGGGCAACACUGUGGUUGCGGUUUAUUAUCCUGAGGACAAGUUCUCAAGGCAAGAAUACGAUGGUUAGUUUUCAAAUCUCAUAUUUCUUUUGCCGGCAACUCGUAUUGAGGAUCUGAAUAUGGGAGAGCAAAACAAUAUUAACCAUGAUGAUCCAUUAGCCCCUGUAGCAGUUUCUCUCUCCUCUGUAACUUUACAUUUUAUUUCACCCUGUUGUAAAUUCUAAAUGGAUUAGUAGGUAGGUAGAGUUGAACUUUGCACUUUAUUUUUCUUUUUUUCUUUUUUUUUUUGUUUUUUGUUUUUUGAUAAAUGAACCUUGCUCUUCCUCUAUGGACCCGUUUUGUUUUGGGAUUACACAGACCAAAGGAGUUGGUUUGUUUUUUUGUUUUUUUUUGUCAUAUAUAUAUGGUGAUUUUAUUUCUGGAA